UGCAGCCUGGCGUUGGAGAGAAAAUGGUUAAAACAUAUUUGUUACAAAGAAUCGCAACAUGCCAACUGAAAUAUGUCCAUUAAAAGACAUAGUAACUAUCAUUUCCAAUUGGUGAAAAAAAAGUAUUCUAGCAUUACAAUAUUAAAACUACACAUGCUUUGCCACCCCUGCCCGCCAAGGGGAACGUGACAGCUGAUCGUUCCGAACUGUCAGAAUCUGUCGGAAAAGCCUAGUCGCAAUUGUUUGCGUGCAUGUGUGUGUGUGUGUGUGUAUUUGCUCGUUCUGUCUCACACUCUGGGCUUCUCUAUCUCUCUUUCUCUAUUGCGAUGGUUAGCUCUUUUCUUUUUCCUUCCACGCCACACAGCCAGCACGGGGCACAAGACAACUUGCAUAACCUUGAAUCCAUAUAUUCCUCCCCACCUUGGCAUAAAAUUUCCCGUUUGCACCGUGCAUAAGCACAGCCACACGUACACAUACACACACACACGCAAGCAAAAGCCCCCCCCCCUCUCCCCCCACGCGCGUGUGUCGGUCGGAAAUUUCGGAAAUUUCGGUGCCCCCAGGCGGAUGCGGUUUUGUUUUGUUUUCGCCACCGUCCUCCGACACGCAGGGCAGACCAAUUUGUGUUUUUCGGUUCCGGGUUCGGAGCCGCGCGCCAUCUCCGCCUCACUUUAGUUACGGCGCACCCGCGGUGCAGAAGAGCGAGAACGAAACGGUCCUCUGCAAGGGCAGUAGGGACGACAUACUUCAGGUGAGUGGAGUGUGUUUUUUUUAUUCUUACCACGGGGUGUGAGGGAAGGAAAGAGGACGGGACGGGUGCGCGACGUGGGAAAAUUGUCGUUCAUUUUUCACCCAGUUGUCCAUCGGCGUUUGCGAUGUGUCAGUGUUUGUGUAUGUGUGUGUAGUUGUGUAUUUUUAUCGUGGGUCUACAAUUCGCCGUCAAGCAGUGGUGCUAAACCGUCGCCGACCAUUGGGAAACAUCCUGUCUAGCUCCUUCCGUCCGGUUUUUGCUCUCGCUCGCUUUGUCUUGCAUUAUCAUUGCAACAGGGGAAAAAAUCUAGCAGGUGCGGGAGCGUGUGUGUUUGUACUUAACAGCCCGCGGAGGUAAUGUGUGGCAGUGUGUAUGUGUGUGCACCUUAGUGCGAGUUGCUUGCAAAGAACGGCACAGCGCCUCUACACAACAAACAUAUCAACGCUGGCUGACCGGAAGGGAAGCGACGAUACAUGCAGCCGCAAACAGAGUGAGCAGUACAGCGAAACAGUACAGGUGUGUGCGUGUAUGGAUUUGUGCUGUGCGACGAUCAAAGCAAGCGGCGAACGAGCGAAAACGAACAUUAGAACGUGUGUUGUGUUGUACGAUCCAGUUGCACGGUGCUUCCCCUUACUACGGUACGUGUCCGUAUGUGUCGGUUGUGUGUGCUAUUGUGUCCGAUGACAACACGCGUCAGCCUUUGCUAUUUAUCAUCCGACACCGAGUGAGCGCGCGCGCGUGAGAGAGAGAAAGAGAGCACGAGCAGUAGGCGCUUUGUUUUCCAUUCCAUUCGCUGCGGUGGCGGUGUGAAGGUGGUUUGGUUUUGAUGUUGCUUUUGCCUUGUUUUUGCAGUCCAUUUUAGAACGCGCGCGUUCCGCGUUUCCCAAGCCCCAACUUCGUCAGCCAUUCAUCUAUUCCGUGAUUGUGUGUGUGUGUGUGUGUGUGUGUCGCGUUUGACAGUUUUGACAGUUCACUCGAGCAAUAGAGGCAGCAGAAGCAGCAGCAACAACAACACGACCACCAUCGCCAAAUAGAGGCUGCAGCAAGCCAAAAAAAACAUUGCAAACGAAAGAAAGAGAAAGAGAGUCUCUAUAUAUAUAUGUGUGUGUGUGUGUAUGUGCGAAAUAGAAAAGCAGAGCGGAAGACGGGUAAAGUCGUGAGUAAUCAAUUCGCGCAACAUUUUUCGGCUGCCCAGUAUCAUCGGUGCGUUUGCGUGUGUGUCUAUCGAGUUUUCUUUCGUUCGCGUUUUUUUUUCGCCACCCUCCCGGUCAUCGUAUCAACCCCCCCGGCAGGCGGUUGCCCUGGUUCUGGGAGGGUUUUUUUUUGUUUCAAUUGUUGUGCUGGUUCCGUGCUGAAUGUGUCUGAUCUGAUAUUGCAAAAAAGGUGCAAUCACAACACGGCACAACAUUGCUUCCCACACAUACACACACGCGCGCACGCAGUGUGCCGUGAUCCCUCUAUCGGAAGAGUUUUGCGUAGUGAAGUUGCUGUAGUACGCCCACCACCACCAUCGACAUCUUCGCGCCCCGAACAGUUGGAAGACGAUCGUGCGCAGGAAAAGUAAAGAAAAAAGAGGGACACGUCGUCGAACAUCUCAGACAGUACCGAAUUUGUCAUACAAUAAGCGUGUGGAAACAAUAUACACGUACACACACACACACACACACCAACGCGGAUCGUUGUAGGAAGUGGCAGCAGCAGCCCGUUUUUAGGUAGCAGCGCUCUGGAAGGUUGCGCGAGCUUGUUUCGGGGGACCCUUGCAGCUGGCUGUAAAGUGCACUGACACAGACACACACAUACAAACGUGCGCAUACACUCGAUCUACAACUUAUCGCCCCCCACCCAUCCCCUUCGUCGGAAACCCGUGUCACCGAGUCAGAAGCGAUCGGCGACCUUCACUGUGCGCACCGUUUACUCGAUGCGUAUUGCUGCGAGAGCCCCCGCGAGAGCCUCCUGCUGUGCACUUGCACUUGCGCCCGUUCGCAUCAGCUGCCCGCCACCACCACCACCACCACCAGCCAGUUGUGAUCGGUUAGCUCUGAUGGAGAGGAAUCUCUAAUGCUACAUCAUAAUCUGCGCUACACACCGACAUCAGCUCGAGAUGCGAUACUUCACGCGGAACCUUAAUGCCUUCGCCUGCUGCUGUUCGCUGCUGCUCCUACCGCUCGGCGGCCUCGCCGAUGUGGAGCGGGGCGCCCCGGAAGCCCCGGCGAAGGCACCCAUUCACCAACACCAACAACACCAUCCUCACCAGCAGCCCCAAUCAGUCAAACUCCAUCAACCGGCGGUGCCGUCCUCCGCCGCCUACCAUCAACCAGCACCCGGCACCGGUGCCGCCCAGCAUCCGGAUGGGCCAGCGCCGCAACAGCCGGUCCAUUACCAUCAGCAGGCGGCACCGGCAGCGGCGGCAACGUCCGCGUCGCAAGAUCGGUCUCUAUCCCGGCAGCCGCCCUCCUCGCUGGCGGCCACCUCGGCGCCACCCCGGCCACUCGAAACGCGCAACUCCUACACCGUGCUGAGCCAAGCGAUGUCCCAGGCAGUUCAUCACGAAUUCGGCACGUACGGGAGCGGGGCGAUGGCCGGCGAUGCCGGCAGUGCCUGCACGAUCGACGACAUCGACUGUCUGGCGCACCACGACCAGCUCGGGAUGGAAGCGAUCCGUUCGUUGCAUCAGCAGCUCGAUGACGAUGAUAACGGUGACAUCGAUCUUUCCGAAUCUGACGACUUUCUGAGGGAAGAACUGAAGUACGACUCGGGCUACGAGAAGCGCCACAAGGCGUUCCACUUCAACGACGACAUGCACAUCUCGGUGAAGGAGCUGUGGGAAGCGUGGCUCCGAUCGGAGGUGCACAACUGGACGGUGGAUCAGACGACCGAGUGGCUGGCGCAGAGCGUCCAGCUGCCCCAGUACGUGCCCCUGUUCCGGCUGCACAAGGUGACCGGGAAGGUGCUGCCCCGGCUGGCCGUGAACAACAUGCACUACGUCAGCAACGUGCUCGGGAUAAAGGAUCCGAUCCACAAGCAGAAGAUAGCGCUCAAAGCGAUGGAUGCCGUCCUGUUCGGGCCACCGCGUGAAACUGGAACCCGGUGGAAAGAUCUGCUGCUCGUCACGCUCCUUCUGACGGCCAUCAUCGGCAGCUGGUAUGCGUAUCAUCAGAACAAGAGCGCCAAAAUACACAUCCGCCGCAUGGCGAAGGAUGUGGAGGGUUUGCUGAAGGCGGAAGUCGCCCUGAAAGAGAUGCAGAAGGAGCUGGAACAGGCCCGGAUCGAGCAGGAGAACGUGGGCAAGGAAAAGAUGGAUCUCGAGCGGCGCCUCCGCGAGGCGCCGACCCUGUCCUCCUCCAGCUCCGACCUGGAGCUGCAGCAGCUGAAGCAGGAGAUCGAGGUGCUGCGGUCCGAGCUGAACCGGGCGGAGGUGGAGAUCCACGACCACUGCUGGACGCCGCCGCAGGGGCUGCAGAGCUGGCUGCAGCUGACGUACGAGCUGGAGAACAAGCACCACAUCCGCAAGCGCAUCAUGGCGGAGAAGCAGCUCGAGCAGGCGCGGGAAGCGUGCGAGAAGCUGCGCAAGAAGCGCUCCAGCCUGGUCGGUGCGUUCGUGUCGACGCACGGCAAAAGCAUCGACGACGUCGACCGGAGCAUCGUCGAGGCGCGCAACGCGCUCAACGACGUGACGAACGAUCUGCAGGAGCGGAUGCACCGGUGGAAGCAGAUCGAAACGAUGCUCGGGUUCGGCAUCGUCAACAACAGCGGCAUCGCGCACCUGGAGAAUCUGCUCUACAAUCGCAACGGCGUCGCCGGCAAAACGUACCGAUCGCGACUGUCGAGUAGCCAGGACGAUCUGGACGAUGAUUCCGUGCAAGGUAAGCCGAUCAGCUUUGACAAUUUUUCAAUGUUCUCGUCGGAGUAACAAAACCAACCGACCCCGGGCCACUACACACCCUCUUCUACCCAACUCCAUCCACCUCCCCCUACAUCUCCCAACCACCUCACUCAAACCCUCACCAAUGUCAACGACCAGCGACUCCGCCGAUGGGUUGACGGGCACCCGACGGGUGACUAUGGUAGCGGCUGGACGCGUGUAUGGCGGCACCCAUCCCCCCCUCCAGCUCCCGCAAAGUGACUACUCUGUGUGUGUAUUCCUAUGUCCGUUUUGUUUCAACGCAGGAGUGUUAGCAUUACCUCAUUUUACAAUGGCCGUUCGAUUGCAGCAGCAGCAGCAACAGCAGCUAGCGAAUUGUUUUCGUAUGUUAAUGUUUCUUGUUUUUUUUUUUUAAUUGUAAUCCAUUUUUGCUAGAGUUCAUUUUUGUUGCGUUUAAUUGUAGCCUGUCCAAGUGGAAAAAGCCUUCCCGUCUUUUUGUUUUUGCUUCACUUUUGGGAUGUUCGCAAAAGAAAAAAAAAAAAACAAACAGCUGCGUGAUAUGGUACGCCAAUUUUGGCUAGUUUGAUCGCAUUACAUACGAUGCAGUGCAGCUUAGUUUUCUGUUUUGUUUAUUGCUAUGCCAUAAUGUCGCUGUUUUACGUUCCCCAGCAGAGGUGGUAAAACAAUUACCUACAGUAAGGAUAUAUAAUUAGUUUGUGAGUAUUUAUGUACUAUCCGCGAUUAAGUUGCAGCCGCGCGUACCAACUACACGUAUAUCAUUUAAGUUAUAUGUUAAAUUGGAAUUCAACUUCGAGUUUCUAAUGCUUACAUGUUGUGUGUAAUUUGUUUUUGUAAUAAGCGCUAAUACAGAUUGUGCCGUGUCGAACGCACACUCAGAAUUGUAGGUUCGCGCAGGAGUGCAAAAAAAAAGGCGACACCUGUAAUACACAGACCUCUGUGGCUCUGUGAUUUUUUGUUUGUUUUCUGUACAAUGACGGUUAGGCGGCGGGGAAAGUGGCGCCGGGCAGCUGAAGAUGAAAUACCGAUGCGAAAUGAGCAAACGAGCAGUGAGAGCAGGGAGUGUAAAGAACAUCAUCAAGAGUCAUUAAUUUAUACUCCUCUCCUCCCCAGUCCCAUCCUUUCCCCUUUGCUUCUUCCCUUUUGUUUUCUCGUCACUGAAGUGAAUUAUUCGAGUUUGUUUUCACGUGUCCGUGCCUGCUGCUGUUACUUAAUUAUCCGUUUUUAUUUCAUCAAUCAAGCGAAUGUUUUGUGCGCUGUAUGUUUCUUUUUAAAUUUGCCCUUUCUGUCUAAAUUACAUUUUCUUCCAAUUUUUAUGUUUUUUUUUUUAAUGUUCUUAACUUGUAUGCGAAUUGUACGAAACCAGCUUACGAAAGUGGUGGAGAAAUGGCGUAAUACUAUCGUGCUAGCGACACAGUAUUACGUUUUCUUUUCUCAUUUUAAUUCCUUUCUGUAUGAAUGUCAUCUUGUUGAUUUUCUUUGGCUUCGCUUGAUUUCGAUGUUAUGUGUUUGCUUAGCUGACGCUGUACGUACUUUUUAUUGUACUGUGAAACUUAUUUUAACGACAUCUCGAUCGUUAACCGUCCUAUGCUCAGGCUACUUAGAUAUUGUAUAGUUUUCUCCCUCCCCCUUGCUAUAUAACUAGUGGAGUGCUUUUCAUAAUUGAUUUUUUUAAAUAAUAAUAAGUGCUCCGUAGCAUCGUAAAGAUGCUCGAAUGAUUCUUUCCUACUGUAUUGUUUGUACUUUUCUUUGAAGCUAUCGUUUAAGAAGAGCAAAACCUAUAUCGUAUUUGCAAUAAUUUAUUUGUUUACCCUGAUUCCAUCAAGUGCAUUUUUUUUGCUUAAACCGUUGCCCAACAAUCAACAACGUGAGCUGGUGUUUCGAAACGCUAAGCAAAGUGCCUUCUUCUGGUCAUGAUUGUUCGCAGCUCUUUUUACUCCAGCGCUUCCCAUCCUAUCCUUAUGCUUAUAUUUCUUCAAUUUUCCUUUGAAUUCCUUUCAUCUUUCAUAAUAAUCUAUAGAAAAAAAAGUAAAGCAAAAGAGCAAAAGCUAGAUCUAUGAUUUAAAUAGUUAUAUUACUAUGCCCGUUCGUAAGUAUCAGAGAUAGAGAGAGCCAACACUAAAGAACAGAAAAUGCAUCGUUGGACCACGCAGUGCUGGGUCCAGUGAUGACAAAAUAGUCGAAUAGUUUGAACAAGCAAAAACCGGACUAAAACCACUACAUCUAAAACAGGAGCUGAUCGUUUAACAUCUCUAGUUACAUGUUUAUGACAACUCGCUUAACGAUACGCGUGUGUUUUUUUGUUUUUUGUUUUUUUUUUUUUCUAUGUUCUGUUUCUGUACCAUUUCUGUUCUAUUUUUCCUGUCCGCCUAGUAACCAACUGCUCUCGACUUUGCGGUUAGAAAAAUCAAAGGCUCAAAGGCAGUAAAGUAAGCAAAGUUAUAUAAAAAUAAUAAAACAAACAGGCAAACCGAA